CGUUUCGACAGGAGUGGCGGCGACAGACAUGGCGAAGAAGGUGUCCAAGACGGCAAUCUUUGAUGGUACUGGCAAGGGUGACGAGGACAUGCAGAUUCGCAUCAACGAGUCCUUUGCGAAGAAGUACGACGAGCAGAAACGGUACGAAGAGCUGCAGAACCUCAAGCACGCGGACUUGAGUGACGACUACGACGAGUCGGAUUCGGAAACAGACGACGAAGACGGCGACCAGUUGACCGAGGAGGUGGACAAGGACAUCGCGCGGACGCUCAAGCUGAUCCGCAAGAAGGAUCCGUCCAUUUACGACACGUCCAUCACGUUCUUUCAACCGGGCGAAAGUGAUGACGACGACAGCGACGGCAACAGUAGUGACGACGACGCCAAACUGACUAAAUCAAAGCAGAAAAAGGCCGACAAACCGUUAUAUUACAAGGACUUGGUGCGGCAACAAGUGCUCGCGGGCGACGUCGACGGGUCAGACGUGUCGGACGACGACCAGGCUCCGUCGACGGCGACCACAACGUACGCCGAAGACCAAGCGCGCCUCAAAGGCGAGUUCCUUCAAUCGUUGGCGGCUUCUGGGGCCGACGGCGACGAUGAACUGGACGGCGGGCUCUUCAUGAAGCGCACCAAGACAUCAGCGGAGACCGAAGCCGACUUGAAAGAGUACGAAGCGUUCAAGGAACUGCACGGCGACGAGAUCACCAACCCCGACGAGUUCUUGAACAAGUAUUUGAAGAGUGGGGUGUGGAAAGAAGGCCACAAGACACGCAACCAGCACAACCACCGGAUUCAAGCCGAGGAUGCCGUUGACGACUCGGAGGACGAAGAAGCACUGGACAAGGCGGACGCGUUCGAGCAUGCGUACAACUUUCGGUUCGAAGAAGACGGCGGCGGCCAGAUCCAGACGUUUUCUCGGCACAUUGACGACUCGUUGCGUCGAAAAGACGAUAAGCGCAAGGUGGCGCGCGAAGAGCGGAAGGCGCGCAAGGCACUGGAGCGGCUGAAGAAGGAGGAGGAGCUGCGCCGAUUGAAGAACCUCAAGCAGGCCGACAUCGAGGCCAAGCUGGACAAGGUCCGCGCUUUGAUGGGCGACGACACGGGCAAGUUGACGGCGGAGGACAUCGACGGCGCGUUCGACCCUGCCGAGCACGACCGCCGCAUGGCCGAAGUGUUUGAUGACGACUAUUAUGGCGGCGACGACGGAGACAAGCCCACAUGGAACGACGACGAUGAUGUGUUUGGCAAGUUGCCAGAGGAAUAUGAAGUAGAAGAAGGCGAGGCGAAUUCGGAACAUGAUGACGACAUCGAGGACGAAGCCAACUUGGACGAGAUGGAAGAAGGCGACGGCGAUGAGCACGGCGAGGAGGACGGGGACGAGGAGGAGAACUCGUUCAAGCAAUCCGAGUUGGAUGCCAAGAAGAAGAAGUACUUGGACGAGCUGUACGCCCUCGACUAUGAAGACUUGAUUGGAGACCUGCCCUGCCGCUUCAAGUACCGCGAAGUGGCCAAGAACAACUACGGCCUCACGACGCAGGAUAUUUUGCAUGCAAAUGACCAAGAACUCAAGGCAGUCGUGUCGUUGAAGCGGCUGGCGCCGUUUGCAGACCGAGAGCACUCGGUGAAUCGACGAAAGGUGCAGCAGCUGCGCAAGGUGCUCAAGGAACGCAGCACGAACAAGAAGACUUGUGGUGGCGCGACGGCGGAAGAAGGCGUGGACACCCCCGCGGCGGUGACAGAGGUCGAGCAAGGUGCAUCAUCGAACAAGAAGAAGCGAAAGCGAAAAGGGAAGAAGACGACGGACGAUGGGGACGAUACCAAGGAAGGUACACCCGAAGUGGCCGUGAAGGAUGACGCGGAAGAUGCCGCCAACGACGAGAAAGACACGACGGCGGACGACGCCACCGCGCCGGCCAAGAAGAAGCGAAAACACAAGAAGAAGGCCAAGAAGACAAGCGCCGCAGCAGCCACACCGGCAGCAACUCUAUCCGCCUCUCGAUUAGAAUCGUAUCGGUUGAAACCUCUCAAGAAGUAAGGCCAAUUGAUAUGUCAUGUCCAUCCUCUCAAGAAGCGAUGGUGUCGUGUCUGCGUACCGGCACACCAGUUCCAUUUUGCCACAACGUACUUCGAACUUCGUGGGAAAUGCCACGUGUUAUAUUUCCAAAUUAUUUUAAUAUACUACUUCGAC